AUCAAGAUGAGUUUCGUACAUGACAAAUUAAGAUUGAUCACAUCCUCCGAGGCUUACACUUUGGAGCCCGUCAGCAAUGACAACAGCACCAACAAAAGCAAAUCUCUGGCUAUUGACAGAGUAACAAGAGAAAUAAAGAUGGUUGACUCUCCAAAAGAUAUCCAGCAGAACGCAGAUAGUGUCAUAACGGUAUAUGGUGUAUUAGGUAUAAUAAACUUAACAACUACUCCCUUCCUUGUUGUCAUUAGCGAUAGAGAGCACGCCGGUGAAAUCAACAAUGCGGCGAUUUAUAGAGCGACAGACUUCAAAAUGUACCCAAUUGACAGAACGUCUACACUUUCACAAAUAUUGAAGCACCCUGUAGACGGCGUUCUCCUCGGUUUACUCAAGAAUCACUUCAACGAUGGCAACUUCUACUUCUCGCCUGCUUAUGACCUCACAAGCAGCCAACAGAGAUCACAGUCAGCAUCUGAGGGUGCACCAAUGCACGAGAGAACUGAUGAUAGAUUCUACUGGAACAAAUUCCUCCAAAAGCCGCUCUUGGAAUCUAAUUUAGACACCUCUGGACCACUUGCCAGCUUCUUAUUGCCAGUAAUUUACGGUUUCUUGGAAAUUAAACCAACAAGUAUAUUUGGACAACCAGUCACAAUCGCACUUAUAGCUAGAAGAAGCAGAUUCAGAGCGGGUACACGCUACUUUAGUAGGGGAAUUGACGAAUCUGGCAAUGUUUCAAACUUUAAUGAAACUGAACAAAUUGUUGUUGCUCAGAAUAAGACAUACUCACAUGUACAAUGUCGUGGUUCAGUACCAAUUUACUGGUCAGAGAUCAACACCCUGAGGUACAAGCCAGAUCUCCAAAUAAUGGACAUUCCGCAAUCAGUAGAAUCACUAAGAUUACAUCUCGCUUUACUUGUCGAGAAUUACGGUAAGGCAACCUGUAUCAACCUCGUCAACCAGAAAGGAUACGAAAAGCCAGUGAAAGAUUGGUUCGAGAAUGCUCUCGGAAAGCUUAACCAUCCUAAUAUUCACUACGAAUACUUUGAUUUCCACAGCGAAUGUAGCAAAAUGCGCUGGGAUCGUAUACAUAUACUCCUCGACCGACUCGAAGAAGAGCUUAAAGCACAGCAAUAUUUCAAAAAGGAGGAUACUACAACCGUCAACAAACAAAGUGGCGUUUUCAGAACCAACUGUAUGGAUUGCUUAGACAGAACAAACGUCGUACAGAGCGCAGUUGCCAGAGUUGUUCUUACUGCCCAAUUGAUGGAUGCUGGUUUGCUCGGUCCUGGGGAUAGUGUAUCAGAUGACCUUGGAUUUAUCUAUCUCUUUAGAAAUAUUUGGGCAGACCACGCCGACGCUGUUUCUGUCACUUACUCAGGUACAGGCGCUCUCAAGACCGACUUCACACGUACAGGAAAGCGUACAGUUGAAGGUGCUUUCUGGGAUUUGAUUAACAGUAUCACGAGAUAUGUUAAGAACAAUUACUACGAUGGUAGUCGACAAGACGCCUUCGAUCUCGUUCUUGGUGGUUGGACACCACAAGCUGGUGCAUCAUUUAGAGACAACCGUCCUAUUUUGACGCGGGCGGCUCCAUACGUCCUCACAUACUCACUCCUUAUGCUACUCUCUGGUAUCGUACUUCCAAGAGAUAAAAGCAAAUCAGUUAUGACGUUCUACCUCUUCUUCACCAAUUUGGUUGCUCUUUCUUCAGUCUACAUUGCCAAAAAUGGUAUUGAUUAUGUCGCCUGGCCACGUCUGAGAAAGCUCGACAAUGUUAUUAACUAUCAAGGUCCAGGAUACAGAUCACCAGCUCAUGGUAGAGGUUUCGCUUGGGGUGUUGGUAGUGGUGGUAUCUUUGCACAACCACAAUCACGCAUUGAGGAAAUCGAAUUGGGCAAGAAAGCCAGCUAAUCUGGGCUCAUUAUACAUAUCAUUUUCAAGUUGUUUAUUAGAAUACAUUUAUAAUUUAAAUUCAUUAGUGGUAUUAUAUUAUCCCGUCGAGUUCAUUGGCGAAAUCGUCAAAGUCAUCGCUCGAUUUAUCACUAUCGGCUUUAUGUCGUUUUGGUGAGUUGAUUGAUGAUGCUGAUUCUGGACUAUCCCGCGAACGUUUUCUGGUGGUACCUUCAUUCGUAACAUCUUCAUUCUCAACUCCUUCGCUGUCUUCCUCAUUCAGAAAAUCCUCUAACUCUUGAUCAGCAGUGUCCCAAUCAACGUGGUCAAACUUCGAGGGGCUCUCUUGGACGACCUGCUUAGGGUUAUUCGGUGGUCCAUCCAAAUAAUAAUUCUCUUCAGGCAUUUUCUCCCAUUUAGCGCAACUAUCGAGCAACCAUUCCGACCAGACUACGUGGGCACUAUCACCUUUCUUAGCAUCUUCUACCUUUGCAGUGCCUUUCUUUGCUGCUACGACAUGGGUAACCUUUUCAUUAUAAUUGUGAUCAAUUGUGGCGCCAAACUUGCUGGCGAGGUUGUAUAUACCGCUUAUCUCUAGUGGCAUACCAAGUGGGAUGACACUACUAAAGACUAAUUUCAAACCAUGCAAAACUUUACGCUUUAAUGUUGGUAUAAUCUCCUUGGUAUCUGGAUCAUCGCCCGCAUUUUUGAAAUUGUAGAAAUUUGAGUGAAUUUGAGUUAGUAUUUUAGAUAAUCUUGGUAAUUCUUCAUCUAUUGUUUCACUAAGGAUUUGCUGAUGCUCUUUCUGUCGCUUAGCUAGAGGUCUCUGAUCGGCUUGCUUCGAUAGACUCUCAUUGCUAUCCUGUUCUUGCUCCUCUUGAUCUCCAUCUCCAUCUCCAUUUUGAUUGCUCCGUAGUUUUUUACGUUUAUUAAGUGCAUUAAUAUCACCUAUACCGACAAAGAACUCAAAUGGGAUUACUUUCACGAGGUUCGGACUAUCACCCCAUACGUCAGCUCUGUCAUCAAUGAUAACACACAUUGAGGUAUCCGUUGGAAAUAACCUUUGUAAAGAUUUUUGUGUAAAUGAACCUGAUUCAUCACGUGAAAGAAUUCUUUCACCAAAAUACUUCCCGGAUGGAUCUAUAAGUUGACAAAUAGCUAAAGCAUAAGAACGUGUACCCAUAGUGUAUACGUGCAUUUCGAAUAAUUUGUUCAUAUUAUCAAGAAAUUCCAUCAAACCUGGUCUAAAUUUAACGAAAUACCAACUACCAAAUUCGUGAUGGUUUACUAGACCGAAAUCGCCCAAUUUGAACUUAUGUACAUCGUUAAGUGCACCUUUAUAGACUAAAGUUGGAUCUUGUAAUAGUUCAUUAACCGUUGGAUCAACGGUUGCAUGUAUAAUCGUCUGAUCGAGGUCUACGAUUAGUGCAAGUUUGCUAGACUUUAAUAGAGUAUGUUUGCUAGUUUUUCCAAUCCUCUGCGCUUCAUCAUAGCUAACAGUUAGAUUUGCUGUAGAGUGUGAUAUAUGAUAACUUUCAGAUUGUUGUUCUUGUGAUACAUCUUUACCGCAAAUUGCACAAAGUCCAGAUAAUUGGACAGGAUGUGUACAAUCAGAGGCACUUC